UCGGUUUUCUCGCUUUCACUUCAAAUUCAUUUCUCACCAGUUCACUCCUCUCCCUCGUUUGUCUCGAGAAUUGAAUUCGGUGGGCUUGAGAAAAGACGGGUAGUGUGAGAGAAUCAGCACUGAGUUUGGAAUUUCGGAGGGUUUACAAUGGUUUCUAGGAAGGGUAAAGAGAAGGUCACUGACGACGGGGGGAAAGGGAAGAGGAAAUGGAGCGGCGGCGGAGGCGAUCCUGAUAAGACGGGUGGGAAGCGAAAGAACCGUGGCGGUGGCGGGAUUAGGUUUAUCGAUGACGCGGCGUACACGGCGGAGGAUGAUGAAGAGUCCAGCGAAUAUUCCUCGUUUGAUUUCGAUGAGGAACCUGAGAAUGAGCUUAUGGAAGUUCGUGACCCUUCUAUACGUAUCAAGGCGGAGGAGAUGACGGAAGAAGAGCUUGAACAAAUGUUGAAAGAACGAUACAAACCAGGAGCUGGCUUUGUUCAUUAUGGAGCAGAUGCUUAUGACUUCAAGAACACUGUUGACGUGUUGCCCACUGACAAGGAUCCCAAAAUAUGGAGGGUCAAAUGCAUGGUUGGACGUGAGAGGCAUUCAGCCUUCUGUCUUAUGCAAAAAUUUGUAGACUUGAAGGAAAAAGGAACUAAGCUGCAGAUUGUAUCUGCAUGUGCUGUUGAUCACUUGAAGGGCUUUAUUUUUAUUGAAGCUGAUAGACAGCAUGACAUCUAUGAGGCAUGUAAAGGGAUUGGGACUGUAUAUUCCAGUAAAGUGAUGGAGGUUCCAACUAAUGAAAUUUCCCGUUUGCUAUCGGUAAGAAACAAAGCAGUUGGAAUCUCUAAGGGUAUGUGGGCCCGAGUGAAGAGUGGAAGGUAUAAACGUGAUCUUGCACAGGUUGUACAUGUCAAUGAAGUUCGGAAGAAAGUAACUGUGAAAUUGAUUCCAAGGAUUGAUUUAAAAGCAAUGGCUGAAAAAUUUGGUGGAGGCGUUGCUGCUAAGAGGACUGCUGUUCCACCACAACGACUGAUCAGCUCCAGAGAGCUUGAGGAGUUCCGUCCUCUUAUCCGAGUUAGGCAAGACCGUGAUACUAAGGACACGUAUGAGGUUUUUAAUGAGAUGAUGCUGAAGGAUGGUUAUUUGUACAAAAAGAUGCCCAUUGACUCAUUGAAUUUUUGGGGUGUAAUGCCUACUGAAGAUGAGCUCUUGAAGUUUGAGCCUGCAAAGAAGGAUGAAUCUAUUGAUGUUCAGUGGCUUUCUGAUCUAUUUGGUGAAAAUAAGAAACAAGAAGUUAAGAAAAUUAAGCCGGAUAAAGGUGGUGGGAAAUGUGAGGGAUCGUCUAGUACUAGUCUGGAAAGUAAUUUUGAACUGCAUGAUCUAGUAUUUAUUGGUCGGAAGGAUUUUGGUGUUGUCAUUGGCUUUGAUAAGGAUGGUACAAUCAAGGUCUUAAGACAAGGCUCAGAAGGACCAUUAGUGGUUAACAGUAAACCAACAGAGUUGAAAAGUGCAUCAUUUGAUAAGAAACUGUUCUCCGUGUCGGAUAAGAACUCAAAUACCUUGAAAAUUAAUGACACUGUUCGAAUAUUGGAUGGUCCACUAAAGGACAAGCAAGGAAUUGUUAAAAAAAUUUACAAAGGGGUUCUCUUUUUGUAUGAUGAAAGUGAGCAGGAGAAUGAUGGCUAUACAUGUGUCAAAGCACAAGAUUGUGAGAAAGUAAACGUUUCUGGUGAUCCCUCAAAUACAAAGGGUGGUGACCCAGGUUCCUCAGGUUUUACAGAUUCAAUGCCAUCUCCGAAAUCGCCUUUGUCACCUAAGCAAACUUGGCAAGAGGACAAUAAUAAGAAUAAUGAUGACACUGAAGAGUUCUCUGUUGGCCAAUUACUGAGAAUCCGUGUGGGCCCUUUGAAGGGAUAUCUAUGUCGAGUUUUGGCUGUUCGUCGAGGUGAUAUCACUGUGAAGCUAGAUUCCAAGCAGAGAAUUCUUACAGUAAAAUCUGAUCAUCUGUCCCAAGUUCUUAAAAAGGAUCCUGCACCAGCCCCCGGAGAGGAAUCCAAGACGUUUGAUUUUCUUGGAGGACAAGAUGAAGCAAAUGACUGGAUUGGUGGGGCAUCAGUGUCAACAGAUGAUAAUAAAUGGAAUACAGGAUCAUCUACUGAAAGGAGUACUUGGUCAUCUUUUCCUUCAUCAAACCUCUCGCUUUCAAAGGAACCUGGUUCUGGUAAUCCCAUGGAUGUUGAUGCCAAGAAAGAUGCUGAAGAUUCUCCCUGGAAUAUUAAAACAACUACGGAUCAAAAUUCAUCAUGGGGUGCAUCUGCUGCCAACUCAAGGCAACCUGAUGAAGCUGGUGGGACACUCAAAGAUGAUUCUUGGGGCAAAGCUGCAGUGAAGUCCAGUGAUGAGGGCACUUGGGGUGCGGCUUCUGAAAAGUGGAACAGCAGUGGUGGUACUUCUGGAAGCCAAGUAUCUUGGGGCAAGGCCUCUGCUGACCCUCAGCCGGACAAAUCUGAUGAGAAACUCAAAGAUGAUUCCUGGGGUAAAGCUGCAGAUAAGUGGAGUGGUGGAGGUGAUGCUUCAGGAAGUAAAGCAGCCUGGGGCAAGGGCACAACUGCUGAGGCUCCACGGGACCAGUCUGGCGAGACACUCAAAGAUGAGUCUUGGGGGAGAGCUGCGGAUAAGUGGAGCAGUGGAGGUGAAGGUGUCGCGGAAAAGGGAGAUAAUACACACCAAGCCGGCUGGGGUAGCACCAAUACUUCUGGAAAGGAUGCGAUAUCAGCAUGGAACCAAGGAUCUGCUAAUAAAGAUGGUGAUAAAGCUUCUGGAUGUGAGGGUGGUGCAAAUUCUAACUGGGGGUCCAGCACUAAAUCCUCCAGCCUUGGUGGCUCAUCUGGUUGGGGCAAACCCUCUAAUGAUGGUGGUGGCAGCUGGGGCAAACCCUCUGAUGGUGGUGGUGAUGGUGGUUGGGGCAAAUCCUCUAAUGAUGGGGGUGGUGGUUGGGGCAAAUCCUCUAAUGAUGGUGGCAAAUCAUCUGAUGAUGGCGGUGGGGGUGGUGGUUGGGGCAAAUCCUCUAAUGAUGGUGGCAAAUCCUCUGAUGAUGGCGGGGGGGAUGGUGGUUGGGGCAAACCCUCUAAUGCUGGCGGUGGUGACGGUGGUUGGGGUAAACCCUCUAAUGCUGGUGGCAAACCCUCUAAUGAUGGUGGUGGUGAUGGUGGUUGGGGCAAACCCUCUAAUGUUGGUGGUGGUGACAGUGGUUGGGGCAAAUCCUCUGGGGGCGGUGAUGGGGGCAAACCCUCUAAUGCUGGUGGUGGUGACAGUGGUUGGGGCAAAUCCUCUGGGGGUGGUGAUGGGGGCAAACCCUCUAAUGAUGGUGGUGGUGGCUGGGCAAAGCCCUCUAGUGGUGGUAGUGAUGGUGGUUGGGGCAAAUCCUCUAAUGAUGGUGGCAGCGGUGGUGGAUGGGGCAAAUCUUCUAAUGAUGGUGGUGGGGGUGGUGGAUGGGGCAAAUCCUCUAAUGAUGGUGGCGGCGGUGGUGGAUGGGCAAAAUCCUCUAAUGAUGGUGGCGGGGGUGGUGGAUGGGGCAAAUCCUCUAAUGAUGGUGGCGGCGGCGGUGGUUGGGGCAAAUCCUCUAAUGAUGGUGGUGGGGGUGGUGGUGGAUGGGGAAAAUCCUCUGAUGGUGGUGGUGGAUGGGGAAAAUCCUCUGAUGGUGGUGGUGGUGGGGGUGGAUGGGGCAAAUCCUCCGAUGAUGGUGGUGGUGGUGGCGGUUGGAGCAGCAAAACCAAUUGGAGUUCUGGAAGUGGAUUUGGAGAUGGUAACAAUCUAGAUAACCCUUCCGAUGAUGGUGGGAGAAGGGGAGGUUGGAGAGGUGGUCGGGGUGGAAGAGGCGAUCGUGGUGGCUUCCGAGGUAGAGGCAGAUCUGAUCGUGGUGGUUUUGGAGGUAGAGGUGGAUCUGACCGUGGUGAUUUCAACGGUGGCAGGGGUGGUUUUCGAGGUAGAGGACGAUCCGACAGAGGAGGAGGCUUUGGAGAUAGAGAGGGAUUCCGCGGCAGAGGUGGUUUUAGAGGCAGGGGCCGCGGAGAUUGGAAUAACAGAGGUGAUGAUUCAAACGAGGAUAAAUCCUACAGCUGGAAUAAAGGCUCAAACAAUGAUGGCGAGGGAUGGAAAAACUCCGACAAUGGCGGCAGUUGGAGCCAAAGAAACAGUUCAAGUUGGGGUCAGUCGAAAGGCGAUACAACACCCCAGGGGGGCAGCAGUUGGAGCCAGGGGGGUGAAGACAACAAUAAAAGUCAGGGGUGGGGUUCGGGAUCAGGUUCAAGCUGGGGUAAAACUAAAGACGAAACAUCUCAGAAGGGUAGUUGGAACCAGGGAGGAGGAGGAGGUGAAGACAAUAAUAAAAGCCAGGGCUGGGGUUCAGGUUCAGGUCCAGGUUCAAGCUGGGGUAAAUCUAAAGACGAAACGAUGAGCCAGAAGAGCAGUUGGAACGGGGGAAGCAAUGACAGCAAUAAUACGAAUUCCAGCUGGGGUCAGGCGAAAGGAGAAUCAUCCCAGAAGGGUGGUUGGGGCCAGGGAGGCAACAAUAACAACAAUACCGGUCAAGGAUGGGGUCAAUCACAAGGUGAAGAAGCCUCCCAGAAGGGCGGAUGGGGUCAACCACAAGGUGAAGAAGCCUCCCAGAAGGGCGGAUGGGGUCAACCUAAACCCGAAGCAGACAAGAAGGAAGCUAGUGACGGAUGGGGAAGCAAGAAUUCUGGCAAGGAUGAGGGACAGUCUGAUGAUCCGUGGAGUAAACCGGCAAAUAGCUCCUGGGGUUCCAAGGGUGGAUGGUAAUAUUACUUGUAGAGUGAGGAAGGGUGUUGAUAUUGCCGUAGCCGUUUAUGUUGGUUAUAUGUUGAUGGCUAGCACAAGCAAACAAACAACUCAGUUAGUAUCUCUCUCUCUCUAUUAUGUAUGCAUAUGAUGCCUGUUUUCUAUUUCUAGAUUUGGAACAAGUGUGAUGAUGAACACAAGUAGAAUUGCAUUUGCAUUUGCAUGUCCUCCUUAGUUAGUUCCCUUCCCUGAGUGUUUGUUUGUUUGUUUGUGGUGUUAUGUUAUGUUUUCUGGGACA